UUUUUCAGAAAUCUGAAUCCACAUGAAAACAAUGGCAACAAGAAAAAGGUGUAAACUUUCCAGAACAGGCCCAGAUUUUGAAAAUGUGAUAAAGAGGUUAUUGUGCGUCCGAACUUUUCACACAAGAAUUGGAGGAGAUUUAACACCAGGAAUAAUAAACCGAGGAAAACCAGCUAAUGCAGAGCAGAUGGGCCUGCAGGGCAGUACUAAGCAUUUCAAUGUCUUUCCUUUGGACCUUUGGACUCCAGAUGACUGAGUGCUGGUUUCUCUAGCUCCAAAUAAAGUUAAUGCAAUUGGGGAAACCAUCAGUAUGGCUGGUUUGAUUUCUGGAGUGAUUAGUGGAUUAAAGUUUUUCAAGACUGUACUAUGUGGUGGGCAUUUGACAUUCACUACUUGAAUCCUGACCACAGCUCCAUUUUACUGAUGAGAAAACUGAGGUUUUAAAAGCACAAAUCACUUACUGAAGGGCCCAUAGCCAGUAUGAGAGCCAGGAUCAGUCCUAGGUCUGUCUCAUUGCAUACGCUGUGGUUCUGCAAACUGGUAAUAAGAGAGCAGGGAAAAGGGGUCAUGGUCCCACAAAUUUGAGAAACUCUGUGUGUGUAUGUGUGUGGGUGUAUAUCUACACAGUAAAAGCCUUAUUAAGGUAUAAUUGACCUGCAAUAAGCUAUACGUGUUUAAACCAUACAACUCAAUAAGUUUUGACCCGUGUCUAUCUGCAUGAAACCCUCACCACAAUCAAGAUAGUGAACAUCUCCAUUACUUCCAGUAGUUUCCUCGUGCCCCUUUGUAAUUCCUCCCUCUUCUCCCUCCCACCGUUGAUCCCAGACAAUCGCUGAUCUCCUUUCUGUCACUGUGGAUUAGUUGUACUUUCUAGAGUUUUAUAUAAAUUGAAUCAUACCAGAUGUAGUCUUUGCCUGUCUUCUGUCACUUGGCAUAAUUUUUUGAGAUUCGUUCAUGUUAUUACAUGUUUGUUCCUUUAUAGGACUAAGUGGUGUUCCAUUUAUGAAUCUGCCACAAUUUAUCUACUCAUCUAUAGAUGGACAUGGAGGUUGUUUCCAGUUUUGAGCUAUUACAAAUAAAGUUGCUAUGAACAUUCGUGUUCAAAUCUUUAUAUGACAUAAGCUUUCUUGGAUAAAUACCUAAGAGU